UCCAAACAAGCUGUUAAUCUUUCUGUUUGGCCCUCUGUUCCCCACGCCCUCUUUGUCUGAAAGCCACACCUAUGCACAGGCACCAAGACACACACACACACACACUAUCUCUCUCUCACAGCUCAUCUAUCCAUAUUCUCGAGCGGUCUGUUCUUGUCUAUUUCCUUGCAUCAUCACAAAACCGUCUUCAAUAAUCUGAGCAAACCCGAGUUUCGGUCCAGAAUACUUGGUCUCUUAACCGAUCAUCUUCUCCAUUUGAUUCUCAGAUAUUUCAGGGAACUCCUUCACUGGUGCUCUUAAGGAUCUUGCGUUUCUCAAAAUUGGAUCGUAUGCAAGGGGACAGAAGCAUCUUGGAUUCCUUUCCAGAAACAAUUGAUCUUAAUCAGGGUUCCAUUUCAAAUAAUGCUGCCAUGGAUCAGACAGCUCCUUGGGAUAGCUUUCUGAAUCCAGUAGAGAAUCGACUGUCAAAUUCCAUGCUUCCUUCCGCUGGAGAAAAUCUUAGUUAUGCUAAUGGUGUUAACUAUAAUGCUCAAAGUUUUAGUAAUUGGGAUCAAGUUGAGUCCAGCUCCACUGCUAAUUUGCAUGACUGCAUAUGUGGCAGUGACUUGAAAAGAGGACAAGGUUGGCCUUCCUCAUCUAAUGAUUAUGCUAUGACAAAUUCAAGGUCCGAAUGGCAAUUUGAACCUUCUAAUGUCUUCCCUACAAGUGGUUAUGGUGGCAAUCGUCUUAUUGGCAGGCCUCCUAGUACAUCAUCAAGCCUUGCCUUGGAUCAUAGUCCAGUAAAUGCUAAUUUAAGUGGUAGAUACAAUAACGAUGAUGGUCGGCUGGUCAUGCGAACAAGUGUACCUCCAAUUGAUUACAAAUCUGACAGGUCAGAAGCGGAGCGUCCUCCGGCUUUUGGGGCAUCUGAUGACAGUGGUACUUCUUCAGGUAGUUCUGGUUAUUUGUCAGGGACCAGUAAUGUAUCAGGUUCGUCUCUGGAUAAUUGGGGUUUAUCCUGCAAGCACAAGGUCCUUGAAGGCAGCUCUGGACGGUCUUUUCUAGGUGGAAGUUCAAGCUCCAAUGCAGGACAUGAGAACAUUCUGCAGGAUAACCAUCUCCAUCCUAGUCGUUAUAAUGCUUCUAGCAGCUUAAACAUAUCAUCCCCUGCUGCAAAUACGCAGAAUGCUGGUUAUCUGGAAAAUCUUAAUCCAAGAAAUGGGGUUGGUACAAGUAUAUCUGCUUCUGAUAUAUUUCCUCCUUUAAGUGCCCGUGGAGUUGCAGAAAGCUCUGAAAGAAAUUUUUGUGUUAGAGCAAAUCCUGCGAAUCAGGGUCUCACUACAUUUGGUUUACCACCAAUUGGGACUACUGCAGGGCAUUCUAGUGUCAGCCCCACCCAUGUGCGACCUAGACCUGCCUCAAUAACUAGCUCCUUGGACUUGAGACAGCCAUUUUCACUGCCAAUGAAUUCAGGUAACCUUGCAAGCCAGUCUCACAUGAUGCAUGUUCCUGGACCUUCAAGAGGCUUGCACUCACUUCCCUGGGAUGUAUCUCCUAGUUCACGAGGUGGUAGUUCAUCUGGAGAUAGAUGUGCUGCUUCGGAAGAUGAAGCUAACUUCAGUACUAUCAGAAAUAACGGGGAGUCGCAUCCAUUUGUUCCUGUUACUGAGACAAGAAAUAUGGUACUUGACCCCACACAUUGGAGCUUAGCUACCGCAAAUGCAAGCUCUUCAAGAAACAGUCUUAGUUCUGCAGUUGGUCCUGGUUCAAGUGGACGCAGUUCUCCUACUGCGUGGACUAAUCAGAUCUCAGCAAAUACUAGCCAUCAUAGAUUACCAGAAUUUGCUCCUUGGAUUCUCUUCCCACCAGUUGAGCCUGAGUCUGGAAGUCAGAGAGGUCAAUUUUCUCUGCUGCCUUCGGCUCCUUCUUCUUCAGAGGAUGCAGUGGUGUCUCCUCGAUCAAGUAGCCAUGGUUACCGUCAGCCACGUCUUAGAUCAAGUUUGAUGGUUGAUCCAGGUGAUGACGUGGAUGGUUGGCAUGCUUUAGCUGCUGAUGUUGAGGAUCGACACAGACUGAUUCGUCAAGUCCUGAAUGCGAUGCGGAGGGUCGAAAACUUGCGAUCAGAGGAUUAUAUGUUGGUUGAUCCUUUUAUCAAUGGAGUUGCUGAGUUCCAUGAUAGGCAUAGAGACAUGAGGCUUGAUGUUGAUAACAUGUCCUAUGAGGAACUAUUGGCAUUGGAAGAACGUAUAGGAGAUGUAAACACAGGUUUGAGUGAAGAAACGAUUUCGGUCCAUAUGAAACAGCGAAAGCACGAGUCUGUAUAUGGACGAUCCUCAUCAAACUUGGAGCCAUGCUGUAUAUGUCAGGAGGAAUACACAGCUGGAGAUAUCAUGGGCAUGUUGGAUUGUGGGCAUGAAUUCCAUACUAAUUGCAUUAAGCAGUGGUUAUUGCUGAAGAAUAUCUGUCCCAUAUGUAAGACGACUGCGUUGAAAACUUGAAAAUAACCUCACACAACUAUUUGUUCAUCUUUCAUCUAUACCCUCUCCUGCCCAAGUAAAGAAGACGACGAUACGAAAAAAGAAAAUAAGGGAGGUUCUUGUCAACUAUACUUUGUCACCUUGUUGGAGCCCUGCUCAUGAGGGAUCUGAAGGCGUUGUAAGUACAAAGACUAGUCUGUGUUAAGGGAAUUAUUUGAACACCAUCCUUUAUUCGUAUUACGAAAAUUUUCUUGGAUAAAAACAUCACUUAGAACAAAGAUUGGCUUUGGUGGCAUUGCCCA